AUGGACAUUGUGUCUAUUCAUCGAGAGAAUUCGUACAAGUUCAUCGAAGAUAUUUCACAUCGAGCAACAGCACUGUUGACAAAUCCUUAUUUUGUAAAGAAUGUUGGCGCCAGAAUAUGUGCACGUGUUUUCGGUGAAAACAAAUUCAUUAACAAUGAUAUUGAAGAAUUCACAUAUUCUGCAAUAACAAGUCUUCGUACAGGUCUCAAACUUAAUGGUCUUGUGUCGUUUGAUUCGUGUAUGGAAUCUAAUAUAGAACUUAAUCCACGUGAAAUUCACAUAAACGGUGAAUGGAAUUAUCAGGCACUCAAAGCAAGUCUAGAUGAUCCAACACAAUAUCGUCUUCAUGUUCUAUUGGGCACCAUCAAGCUUUUGCAUGAGUUCUUUCACUGUUUAACUCCAUCGUUCAUUAACUAUCGAAACCAGCAUGAGCCAGAUCUAAAGCCACUUACCGAAACACCUCCGGAUAUGGGAAGAAAGGUUGUAACACGAGUCAGCACAAAACGUGGACAGAAAUCCACUAGAUUCAUUGGUGAUAUGGGAUUUGCCAUGGAAGAAGUAUUGUUUGGUGGUCAGCGACUUUUUCAUAUUCCUCGACAAGAUGAUUUUCAUUAUUCGAUCGAAAAGCUUUAUCUACAAGAGUAUGACAUGAAAACACUUAAACCUAUCAAUUAUGACGUUAAUGUUGAUCUUAUGUGGACUAUGUUCGCCGUUCCAGAUCAGCUUUUUGUUAUUCAAGAUUUAGAUCGAUUUCAUAAUCUAAAAGUUGAACUGAAGCCAAGUCCAUCAAAAUCAUUGUCUUCACCAAGAAAAAGAUCUUCAAUUACAAGGAAUACGGCAUCACCAACAAAAUUUUCUCGCCAGAUAUUAGAGUCACCAAGUGUCGGUGAACUGUUCAGUACCAGCUCGGAUGAUGACAGUGCAGAUGAUGAAGUAGAAAACCAAUUAUCAAGUCUGCCAUUACCAGCUGGCAGAAAGACUUAA